GACCCUCCCUCUUAAACGUCACUUGCUCUUUAAAAAAUCCUCCACCCCCUUCACGUGAACGCGCAUUAAGCCGAAUUUACAAAUCCUGGGUUAACAAAGCUCCUUGAAACACAGCCUCAUCUGACCGCUUCUCCUGGACCCUUUUCCGGUACUUUUAUUAUCAUAGACAUGGUGAUGGGUGCCGUCUCCCACCGGUGUACGGAUUAAACCUGGGUUCACUGCGUGUUUAGGGUUGAGGUUUACGGCUCGAUUAUUUAAUCUAGCAUUGAAACAUCUCGGAUAACUGCGCGCACCCGCUCUGGCAACAAAGGCGCGAUCAGUCGCAGACCGAAAGCAGGAUUCAUGAACACAGAGCGAGAUUUGCUGGUCAUGAAAAAACAGGAGAGGGCUCAUUUUUUCAGCCCCAAAGAACAGGAACUCAUUCUGAGACUGUAUGAAGAAGAGAGAGAGAUCCUGACAGCUAAAUCCAACACCACAAGCGCCUCCAAACUAAGAGAGGAAGCCUGGCAGAGAAUUGCAGAUAGAAUCAAUGCAGUGUCAGACAGCGGAUACAAAAGGAGUUGGCAGCAAGUGAAGGUUAAACAUAAAAAUAUAGUGCAAUCAGCCAGAAGACGAAGAGCUGAGAUAUUGAGGACUGAAGGGGGAUCAGCGACCCCUUCACUGACGUCUGCUGAGGAGGAUGUCCUGCUGCACAAAGACAGCAGUCUGAGGCUGGAGGUCCUCCCUGGAGGCACCUGCAUGGAGCCAAUGACUGGAUCUGAAAGCUCUUUUGUUAGUGUGCCAGGUCAUCCCGUCCUCCUCCUACCUGUGACGAAGACUGAACCGGAGAGUCUGAGCAGCGAUGAGACAGACAUCAGUGACUCACAUUUUGAAGGCGAUCUGAAUAACUUCCGGGACAAAACAAAUGCAACCAGUGCUUCAUCUGGGCCUAGAAGUACAGAGCGGGCACAGACAGAAGAUGUAAGAGCCCUGUACUGCACCUACCUCAAGAAGGAGAUCGAGAACAGGGACCAGCAGAUGGCAUACAGAGCACUUAAAAUGAGGAAACUGGAGAAAGAAAUUUUAUUACUUGAUAAGCAGCUGAUGUGACUAUAUAGAAUUUUUUUUCUAUCUUACUGUUUAUUUAAGGGCAGAUCAUUGUAAUAAAUUAUCUGAGUUACAAUGAUUUUGUUUGAACUCAUAUAUGAUGCCUUUAAAACAACACCACUGCAGUGUUGGACUGUUGCAACUUUUUACAAAACAAGUCUAAAGCUCAGACUGUAACAGCACUGAAACCCAUCUUUUUCUAACACAAAGGUCACAAUAACAAACCCUUAUGCUCUCAUGUCAGAGCUUCCCCAAAGCAACGUGAAGUCCAGAGAGGGUCUGAGAAAGGACACCCUCUGUCAAACCUAUGAGCCCCCGGAGGGUUCCUUUAUCACAUCACAUGAGCUACAGUCAUAUAAAUGCACAAAUACAGACAUAUCCGAUCCAGUACUGUACAACUACCAGCUUUACACACAAUUUAAUUUGCCUGAUUUUGGUCAAAAUACAGUAAAUAUCUUGUGGUAGCUGUGACACUUUCAGUUCAAUGUACUGAAUUAGGAAAUCACUGUGAUAACAUUUUAUUUUAUUACGAGACUGAGCCUAUAUGACA